AUGAGCCUCAAACCCCCAUCCUCUGCUGUUCAGCUGGAGAGCAAAGGCAGCCAUAGUAUGGCUAGAAAUGGGAGUUGUUAUCUCGUCAGGCACACCCCUCAUCCCAGAAGGGUCUGCCACAUCAAAGGUUUGAAUAACAUUCCGAUUUGUACUGUGAAUGAUGACGAGAACUCACUGGGAACACUGUGGGAUGUUGACCAGUUCAACCACUCAGAGAAAAACAAAACACCGUUUGCCAAAUGCAGUCACCCACCCAGCACGGUGGCCCCGGAGAGCCCAGUCAGAGGAGUCUCACCAGCGCCAAACAGUGUCAAAGUGCACCCCCCACGGCCUCAUUCUGAGCCCUGUAGAAAAAUCAGGGAGUGCUUCACAACUUCCAGUGAGAAUCCCUUAGGAAUAAAAAAGGAAGAAAUUAAGGUAAAAAAUCCACCCUCACCUCCAAAGGCAUGCUAUACUGCGGCUUGUUGUUCUUCAGAGGUGAUGAGUACCAAGACUAACGUCCAAGAGAAAACCGUAUGCAUACCAAACUAUCUGGAUCAGGAAAUCAAAAUUCUGGCAAAGCUCUGUAACAUUUUACGUACCGAUUCUCUGGCCGAAGUUCUACAGUGGCUGCUUCACGCAAGUUCAAAAGAAAAAGAGUGGGUCUCAGCUUUGAUUCAUGCUGAGCUAGCUGAGAUAAACUUGUUGGCUGGCCCUCAAAGAAGAAGCAUCUCAGCAGAACCAGCAGCAGUAACCGCGAAGCCAACCCAAGAUAGAUCGCCCUCAAAUUUACCCGCGAAACCGAAAGUGCUGACCAGACCCAGAGAAGGGCAUCAGUUGACCAGAGUGCCAAGUCAAGGAUCUGAAGAAAAUAAGGAAGUACCAAAAGAGGCUGAGUGCAAGCCUCCAAUGUUUAUAAGAAGAAAUAAGAUGACAAUACCCAUUGCAGACUAUUUCAGCAAAUCAAACUCUCCUUCCAGUCCUAAAAGUCAGGAGAGCAUAUCAACAAAACCAAUGUCAGCAAGGAGUAUACAACAAAGAUGCAAUCUCUCUCCCCAAAGAACAUUUUCUCCUUCAACAUACCAAAGGUAG